CACCUUUCAAACAUGUGACGUGGCACGAAGCGUUCCGAGAAGAACAUCGUCCAUUUCCUAAAAGUGUGACGACAGCGCGUGCAAUGACACCCCCUCGCCUUUGGGGGGGCGGUUAUGUUGCACAAACGAGCCUCGUCUGCCGGAAGUAAAUGCAAAGAAAAUCAAAGUUCGCCGAACGGCGUUUGCCCCUUAAGCCGUGUUUUACCAAACACUUGUUUGGGCUUCCGAUCGAUCCGCACAUCGGCACGAUACGAGCCGCGUUUUUCAGCGGUAAAAGUUACAGACCGGCCCGACUCGAUUGUGUCCGGAUCAACUUGGACGUUAGCUUCGCUCGCUAGCUGCUAACAAAGAGCCAGCAAAACAGAAUGCGAAGGUCUGAAAGUGAGGAAGUAAAUCAAGGUUUGUGAUUAUCGCGUGGAAAUGUGUGCACAAGUCAAAGAAGAAGAGUACGAGGAGGAACUUUGUGGAAGAAACGAGGACGACGAGCGACAAGCUCAACUACUGGAAGCUGCUUUCCAAAAGUCUCAGGAUGGCUCACGCAGAGCUGAGUGCAGCAAACAAAAUCUUCCUCCUGAACGCCAAGAGUGCAACUUGAAAGUGGAACAGCGGAGGCGUGUUAAGAAGGAGGCGGAGGAAGAGGAAGAGCUCGAGUACCCCUGUGUUAAAGAAGAAGAUGAAGAGGAGGAAGAGCCCGUCCGCAUCAAAGAAGAGGAAGAGGGCGUCACCAUCAUUGUAAAGAGUGAAGAUGAAGAAGCCCAAGGUCAGUGGUCCCCGCUUCAUCCGGGUCAACGGGAGGAGAACGGAGGGGCGGAACCCCCGAGCGGCAGCUCAGGUCCCCGCCUGACAACAGAAGGCCUCGGAGCUCGCUGCCGAGCGUCGCAAGCCGACUGCCUCUUGGCGCCACUGUCAGAGAGUGACGACAUCACGUCGCACUCUUCUGACACUGAGAAUGAGCGAAAUUCAAAGGAGAAACCUUUUGCUUGUUUAUUCUGCAGCACACGUUUUGGUGUUCAUUCGCGUUUGGUUCAACAUAUGAGAAAACACACUGGGGAAAAGCCCUUUUCCUGCGCAGUGUGCAGCCAGACAUUCUCUCAAAAAGGCGCAUUGACCAGACACACAAGAACGCACUCGGGGGAGAAACCGUUUUCUUGUUCAGUCUGCGGCAAAGGAUUUACUCAGAAGGAACAUUUAGUAACGCACACCAGAACGCACACAGGAGAGAAACCGUUUUCAUGCUCAGUGUGUGGUAAAAGUUUCUCCAUCAAGGGAAAUCUGAUAACGCACACAAAAAUACAUACUGGAGAGAAAGCUUUUGUCUGCUCCGUCUGCGACCUAAGUUUUGUUGAUCGUUCAUCGUUGGUUCAACACGUAAGAACACAUACCGGGGAGAAACCUUUCUCCUGUUCAGUCUGUGGUAAAAGAUUUACUCAGAGGGGGCAGUUGACGACACACUCGAGAACACACACGGGAGAAAAGCCCUUUUCCUGCUCAGUUUGCAACCUGGGUUUCGGCGAUCGUUCCACGUUGGUACUCCACAUGAGAACGCACACCGGGGAGAAGCCUUUUUCCUGCUCCGUUUGCAAUAAAAGGUUUUCCCAGAGAGCGCAUUUAAGAACGCACACAAGGACGCACACCGGAGAGAAACCUUUUGCCUGUUCCGUCUGCCCCAUAAGUUUUGCGGAUCGUUCGUCGCUGGUUCAACACACGAGAAUCCACACCGGUGAGAAAGUGUUCGGCUGCAACGUGUGUGAGCAAAGGUUCUCGUACAAGUAUCAGAUGAACAAACACAAGUGUACUGGUGAGAAGAGCAGCAGUACGUGAAGCCGCACAAGUCAACUGGGAAGAAAGCGGCUCCGAAAUUGGAAAUGCUCAGCUGGAAUAAGUGGACUUGGGAUCUUUCGUAAAGACGUCUUUUUGACACGAUAGUAUGCAACGUGAUGUUUGCGGAUUUCUGAGAAUGGUCUUUUUCUUCCACGCGUUCAAAGUCGCUGUUGGAGCAUUGCUUUUACUUGGGUGCAAUAACAACACAACACUAACUGGGAUGACGGGAGCAAAAGCACGCUGCUCACGGGCCCGCCGCACAACGCACGGUUCUGUUUCGAUCGCGGGUCACCUUCAGUUUUGCUCUUGUGUUCAUUAGAAGAAGUCCCGCAGUGUCCUGCGGCCUGCUUGCUGCUAUUUCUGACCCGUCCCCGUGGAAUAAAAUGGCAAAAACAUAACUCAAAAGAUGUGUCAUGGGAUUAUUUUUUACGCACAAAAUAUAUACAUUGAGUAUUCAUACGCAGAGACAUUUUAUUAGAUCAUCUUGGAACUGUAUAUUAGUGGAAGUGUAUUUUACUGCUUAAUGGAAUGGAGAGAAGAAAAGGGGCCUAAAAGUGUUUGGGCAGUGUGUGUAAUGGCACCUCCACCCCAAAGGGAGGCUGCAAGUGUUCUAGAAUGUUCCCAACUGCGUCUUCUGCCGGAAGUAAAAGCAAAGAAACACCACGAAGCGCCUCGCAAGUCACAUCUUUGAAACCUUUCCAUCUACUUUCUGUCUUUAUCCGUGUCCUACAACUUUGUGGAAUGGGUCACCGGGACGAGAUUCGAUGACGUCAUUGCGGGUAUUACUGACGUAAGCUCCAUCUUGCGGACUUUUCAACUCGUAAAUAUUUCAUCAAUUAUCAAACAAAACGUCUACAAUGUUUUUUUUUUCUUUUUUUACCGCAAUGUGUCAGCACACAGCAACCAAAGGUUGAAAUGUUUGAUAUUUCGUGUCAACACUUUUUUUCCCCUCUUGUGUUUACUGAUGAGGCAGCUGGUAAAGUGUUGGCCUCACAGUUCUGAGGACUCGGGUUCAAUCCCGGACCCCCCCUGUUUGCAUGUUCUCCCCGUGCCUGUGUGGCUUUUCUUUGGGUGGGAGCGCCGGUUUCCUCGUACAUCCCCAAAAACAUGCAACUCCAAAUUGCCCCUAAAAGUGUGAUUGGGAGUGCGGCUGUUUGUCUCCGUGUGCCCUGCGAUUGGCUGGCGACCAGUUCAGGGUGUACCCCGCCUCCGCUGGGAUAGGCUCCAGCACUGAGGAUAAGCGUCUCAGAAAAUGGAUGGAUGGAUAUUUCCUGAUGAAUUAAAAAAGUAAUAAUGCACAGAUUAUGUUCUAAAUCCAGUGCAGUGUUUCCAAAACGAUUCAAAGGAAAUUAGAAGCUGACAUGAAGUCAAAAAAAUAUUUUUGGGGUCAGCGGAGACUGCGAAACCUCUUCAAACUUUGGAUCUGGAAAGUUUUCCUCUGCUUUUUUUUGCAAGUGCUUGUUGUCUUUUAUGAUUUUAUCCGUAUGAAUGAAAAAAGGCCAUCUUGCUUGCUUUCUUUUAUUUUUC